CCGCACUCACCUAACCCGCGAAACAAAAGCGAGGUUAUGUCAAUAUAAGAAAAAAUAAAAUAUUUUAUUAAUAAAUUAAAUAAUCUGAAAAAAUUUCAUUUAAUAUAUUAAAUAAAUUAUUAAUAAAACUGUAUUUCUAUAUUCUCAAGUAUACAACCUUAUAAUAAGUCAUGAGUCCGGAACAUCCUAGGAAACUCAUUCCGGAGUUGUGCCAGCAAUUUUAUCAUUUAGGAUGGGUUACAGGAACAGGUGGUGGAAUCAGUAUCAAAGAUGGUGACAAAAUCUAUAUUGCCCCCUCUGGGGUACAAAAGGAAAGAAUGAAGCCUGAUGAUUUGUUCGUACAAAACAUUAAAGGAGAAGAUUUAGAAUUGCCUUCACCAAGCAAGAAACUAAAAAAGAGCCAAUGUACUCCACUUUUUAUGUGUGCUUAUACAAUGAGGAAUGCUGGGGCAGUUAUUCAUACCCAUUCGAAGUUUGCUCUUAUGGUUACCAUGUUGUUUCCCGGGAAAGAGUUUAGGUGCACACAUUUAGAGAUGAUUAAAGGUAUAAAGAAUCAAAAGUUAGGAAGGAACUUUCGGUAUGAUGAAGAACUAGUGGUUCCUAUUAUUGAAAACACUCCUUUUGAGGAGGAUUUAACUGAUCGACUCGAGCAAGCAAUUAAAGAUUAUCCACAUACUUGUGCAGUACUUGUUAGGAGGCAUGGGAUUUACGUAUGGGGAGACACAUGGCAACAAGCAAAAUGCAUGACCGAGUGCUACGACUAUUUGUUCGAGGUUGUAAUGCAAUUGAAACAGUUUGGUAUCGAUUCCAGUCUAACUCCGGAACAAUAUGAACUAAAAUUCCAGAGAAACCUGCAAAACUGAAAAGGAUAUUAGGACUUAAACAACUGUAAAUAAUAUAGUGAUUCUUUAUAUUUCAUAUAAUAUAUAAAUUUAAUAAUAAAUAUGGUUUUAACGCAAUAA